GCGUUGCUCGCGAGGGCGAUCGAAGUCGGCCGAACGUCCGCUCCGCCGUACACAGUCAGUGCUGUCGAGCAGCGGACAUGAUAGCUUCCUCUCCCCGUUACGGACUCUGUUGGUUGCCUAAUACAAGUGUUCUCGGUAUACACAACGGCGGCGGGGGUGUGAACCACCACCAGCAGCAGCAGCAGCUUCACCAAAGGCCGGGCGUCGUGUCUAACGUGAGCGUGAACGCGUCAUCUGCUGCGGCCAAGUACUUCGGUCGUUUGGUGUGGAAUCAGCAGUGUUUUUUGACGAUAGGACAGACGCAAACGUACACCACUCCGUAUGUCGGAGUUUGGAAUAGUUUCGCUAUAUUUCAGCCGACCACCCAACCCUUUACUAUGGAAACAAGUCCCAGGUACAGAACCCUUCGAAACGUCGUAAGAACCGGCAACUCGGCGAGCAUCAACAACGUCGGCGGCGGUGGCGGAAGCCCGAGCGGCUCCAGGUUGUGCGAAGUGAGGCGGGCGUACAAAUCGGCCGGCGUGCCGUGCAAGACGGCCCGUCGCAGGGCCCGGGGCAUGAGCAUGGGCCAGAAGGUCUCAGGAGGAGUCAAGGCCGUCAAUCGGGACGCAGCGACACCCUACAAACCGGUCAUACCCAGGGAGUUGGCACAGGAUUUUGCCCGGCCACCCAGAUUGGACAUGUUACUCGACAUGCCACCAGCACACAGAGACACGCAAUUGAAGCACAGUUGGAACCAGGACGACAGAUCACUGAACAUAUUCGUUAAGGAAGAUGACAAGUUAACGUUCCACAGACAUCCGGUGGCCCAGAGCACAGACUGCAUCAGGGGCAAGGUUGGUUUCACGAAGGGCCUGCACUGCUGGGAAGUGAAUUGGUCCACACGCGAGAGAGGAACCCACGCAGUGGUGGGCGUGGCGACGAAAGAAUCGCCACUACAUUCUGUGGGCUAUCAGAGCCUAGUCGGGAGCACAGACACGUCUUGGGGAUGGGAUUUAGGACGAAAUAAAUUGUACCACGACUCGAAAAACGCCCCUGGACAAACAUAUCCAGCACUUCUGAAACCAGAUGAAACCUUUAUAGUGCCCGAUAAAUUUUUAGUAGUAUUAGAUAUGGACGAAGGAACCCUUAGUUUCGUUGUUGAUGGCCAGUAUCUCGGUAUAGCCUUCAGAGGUCUGAAAGGCAGAAAGUUGUACCCUAUCGUGAGCGCAGUUUGGGGCCACUGUGAGAUAACCAUGAAGUACAUCGGUGGAUUAGAUCCUGAACCUCUUCCAUUAAUGGACUUGUGCAGACGGGUCAUUAGGCAACGUCUUGGCAAGCAGCGUCUAGAGGAUAAAGUGAUGAGCUUGCAGCUUCCCCAAGCCUUACAGACUUACCUAUUGUACAGAGACAGAAGAUAAUAUCAUAAAAAUACUUCAGUGUUGUGUGACCGUGAACGAACAAAAGGAAUACUGGCGCUGUACUGGGUGUCAGGUUGAAAUUACCAAAAAAUAUUCGAUGUAGCGAAAAAAAAGGUUAUAGAUCGAAAAAAUAACUUAAGUAUGUACAUCUGCAGAUCCAUGGACAUUUGCGCAGAAACCUUUUUAUGUCAUAUGAGGACUCGGACUUUCUUUUCGAAUUUUCCCACUUAGUGAUUUCUUUCAACAAUCUGUGAUCAGUUCUGACGUUCAAAGAAUCUCCACGAACUUUAUUUUUAUCCCUAAACUGUUAAAUUGCCCGAACAAGCCAAAAGUGAGUAGGAAGAGACAAUUCUUCAGCUUUUUGUGACUGUGUGAUAAUCCUGUUAAGUUUUCGGAACCAAAAAAAAAACGGAUGGAGAAUUUAUUUUACAAGCUUUUCAAGAACUUCCAAAAAAAAAAGGAGACUGAAAUCAAUUGAUACCUUCCUGAAUCGAAAACAUUCAGACGUCGUUAAUUAUUUGUAAAUUGGUAGGAACAAAUUAUAUUAUUAUUUGAAGGUUGGUAGCAAUUCAUACAGCUCUCACUUUCCAAUGGAACUGUUCUCUUUUGCAACGUCCUACCUAAUAUUAGAAUAUUUAAAAGUUAUCAUCCUUGACUUUAAAAAUGUCACCAUUUGAAUAUGGUUGUUGUUGAAGAAACAUCAAAACGUGUUCAGGAUGUUUUUGAUUGGAAUGUGGUCGCUUCGAUUCAGAUGAGGAAGCUUCCAAAAUUUUCAGAGCAUCUUGUCAUUUAUUCGAUCUCAAUUUAUUCGUCAUUCUGCUGUAAAAUGAGAAAUCGAGAAGAAACAAUGCCAUAAGUUGUAAAUAAUUGUAAAACCCUUUCUCAGUCUUCAUAUUUAUACAUAAUUGUAUUACUUGGCACAUCUUCCUGAUGAAUAUAGCUUUGUAAUAUUUUUUUUGGAUUGUAGCGAAAUUGAAAUAUCAGAUGAAUCUUGCGCUCUCAUAUACUAAUUUCAAAAUUUCGAAUAGGAAGAAUUGUCUUACAACAUUUCAUACUCAUGAAAGCAAUUAAACAUAUUUCAAUGAAUACGUCUUCCACUACAUGUCUAGGAUGGUAAAAUCUUCCAUGAUUGCAUUUCAAAUAGAGAGUUGAUUACCUCAUGAUAAAGUGUUGAGUUUUAAUUAUUUUGUUAUAUAUUUUAUUUUAUUAUUUAUUUUUUGUUUUCUUCAAAUUUUACCCAAACCCAGAUACUUUGUCUCCAAUUUGAAAAUUAUUGGAUUCAUUUAAAGCAUCAUUUCUCAGGGGGAAGUAAAAUUAUUAGAAUUAUUUCAUCCAUUCAUGAGCAGAAUGUUGUAUCGAUAUUUCUUCUAUAAUUUGCUAAUCACCUCUGAUUGUGUGAAUUGAACACUGUUUUAAAUUUAAGUAAAAUUAAGGCCCAAUGAAGUUUGUAAAGAUAAAGAAGUCGCAGGCAUCACCAACAUGUUGAAUGUAAGAAAAUUAGACUUAUUUUUGUAAAUAUUAUGUUGUAAGUGCCAGUUGCUCUGUAAUUUAUUUCUAUGAACGAAGACAAUUCGAGUGUUUUGUUCGGUGAGAUUUAUUCGAAUAAUAAUUUUAGAUCUUUUUGUAGUAAAAUUUUCUGUUAAUUGUAUCUUAUUAUAGAAUUUUUCGAAUCUUUUUAAAUGAUUCAUGCGAUUUAUAGAAUGUCAAAGAGUGUAAGUAAAUGUGGUGACGUCUUAGUUUUAGCAUUGUUUCUUAUGAGAAUUUUAACUUUCGCAUACUACAAAGUGUUCAUUAGAUAACCUUUUUAUUUUCCAAUGUUAUAAUUUUUCUCAUCUGUUUUAAUACUACAAUCAUUCACACUUUUAUGAAGUUUAAAUAUGUUCAGUUCAGACAAAUUGUCAAUGAUACUUUUGCUAUUAAAUUAUUCCUGUUAUUGUUUUUAUUUUUGGAUAAAUUCUCUAAUUAUUUUCUGUUUGAAAUAAAUACAAUUUUCUACUCUUCUCCCUUGUUUUGUUCAUUUCUUUUCGUUAUCACAAAAUAAAAUAUAAAUUCUUUGGAAUAUUCAAGAAAAACAACGAAUAUUUUUAUACUACUCUUGCGACUUUGUAGUUGUAAAUAUUUUAUUCCACAGAAUUACCAGAGAUUUCAGGGUAUCGUUGAACUGAUUUGUCUCUACUUUUUCUUUUAUAUUCAUUCGUUACCAAAAAAAAAUUAUAAAUUUAUUCCACAACAUUGAAGCAUUUCUUCGCAUUCUGUUCGCUCUAUAUGACAUUUCCGGGUUUGAUUUCGAUUUGUCGACGUAUGUAAUUUAUAAAAAAAAAACUGCAAUGAGUAGAGUGACCUGGACUACGAUUAUAGUAGGUUUUAUUGUGUUUUUAAGUUUCGCUGUGAAUGUCCAGGCAAAUAAGUUAAUCGAUGUAUGAUUAUGAUAAUGUAAGUAAAAUCUUUAAACAUU